CAAAUGUAGAGCGAGAAAAUGGUUUGACGUGUGGAACAGAUCGAUGUUUAAUCAUGGCACAAACAAAUUUACAGGAGAAUCUGCUUAAUUUCCGAAAGGAGAUAAAGCACAGGCUGCCAGAACAACUGUCUGAAGUGGAAAUCACUUUGGGUGUGUUUGUUGCUGCAGUUGUUGCCGUAUCAACCAUUCUGAUUGUGCUUUUCUUUGGACUGAGAAAAUUGAAAGCCAAAGUAUUACCCAGUAAAAAUGAGUCUUUAUCCAAGCCACGGUUCAGGAAGAGGGACAAGGUGUUGUUUUACGGAAGGAAGAUGCUCCGAAAGGUGCGGUCAUUCACACGGAGCACAAUACGAGUGGAGUCAGGGACCGGGAGAGGCAGGAUCAAAAAGAGACAGCUUGUCCUGAAACUGGCUAAAAAACUGCUGCGCAUGCAAAAGGAAAGUCAGCCACAGCUGCAGGUGAAGGAGCCACCACAGUCCUUUCUAGAGGCAGAUUUACAAGAGCUGCAGGACAGCAGCGACUAUCGCCUUCCAGCAGAAGUCCUCUACAUGCUGCGCAGCGUCAGAGUGUUUGGUCAUUUUGAGAAGCCACUGUUCCUAGAGCUGUGUAAAUACAUGGAGUCUCGAUUUGUUCCCGCGGGAUCUUACCUGUUCAAAGUCGGGGAGAUUGACGACAGCAUCUAUGUCAUACAGGAGGGCAAGAUUGAGGUGUUUGUCACUGAACAGGACGGGACAAAUUACCUGAUGAAGGAGGUUUCGACAGGUGACAGUGUACACAGUUUGCUCAGCAUACUCGAUGUGCUCACGGGUCACCCGUCUCCAUACAAGACUGUAUCGGCCACAGCGGCUGUGGAUACAACUGUGCUCAGAUUGCCUGCAGAAGCCUUUCAAAAGAUGUUCACCAAAUACCCAGAGUCCCUUGUUAGAGUUGUACAGAUAAUAAUGGUCCGCCUCCAGAGGGUGACAUUUAUGGCUUUACACAACUACCUGGGAUUGAGUAGUGAACUCAUUAAUAAGCAAACAUUGAGUGACCGCAAGCUGUCCAUCCACAGUCUGUCCCCUCGCCCCAGCCCUCAGAAGACAGCCCUACCCAAACUGAUGUCCAGUCUGUCUGCCCCUGCCUCCACCACAGAUGACGGGGAGGUGACCAGUGACCCCGGGAGACCCCCAGCACACAGCAAACCCACGGACAGCACAGCCAGCUCUGCAAGCGCCAAGCCACGUCACAGCUCCACCCAAUCAGAGCGGGAGUACAGAGGCGGUAUCGUGGACAAAGGUCAGGAGUUCAUGGCCGCCAUCUCUGAUUUUGACGUGGCCUGUAUCCGGGCGCGAGUUUCUAGUGAAGAAUCCCAACCCUCUACCUCUUCUAAGAGUAAGCCAUUAGAUGGGAGUGACCCGCUAGUCGCUGGAGGACGUGUGCGGGCUAAGCGCUCUGCUGGGGGAGCUUCAGGGGUGAGCACAGAACAGGGUGACUCUGAGGUGUUUGUCAAGGAUGAGAAACAGAUUCUGGAAUUAGCAAAACAAGAUCUCAUCACCCUGCUCAAACUAGAGAACAAGUCUCUACUGGGGGAUAAAGUUCACCUGAGUUUUGUCAGAGCAGGAACACAGCUUACUAACCAGGGAGACCAGGACUGUAACCUGAUAUUUGUGGUGACUGGGUGUCUGCAGAUGUUACAGCAGGUCGUGGGACAUUCCGAGCAAGAGCUGGUGUUGUUUCAAGGUUUCCCUGGAGAUAUGGUGGGAACGCUAGGUGUCCUCACCGGUGAGCCAUCCUUCUUUACCAUCAGAUCCAAGACAGACUCCAUCGUUGCCAUCAUUUCAAAGUCAGACUUUUACAGCAUCAUGAAGGAACAGCCGUCUGUGGUCCUUAAUGUUGCUCACUCAGCUUUACUACGCAUGUCGCCAUUUGUACGACAGAUUGACUUUGCCCUCGACUGGAUGAGCAUUGAGUCAGGCAGAGCUCUCUUCAGACAAGGUGACAAUUCAGACUCUCUGUACAUCAUCUUGACCGGACGUCUGAGGUCAGUGAUAUCCACUUGGGGUGGGAAAAAAGAGCUGGUGGGAGAGUAUGGCCGCGGAGAACUGGUGGGAAUUGUGGAGGUGCUAACGCAGACAGAGAGAGCUACCACUGUCAUGGCUGUAAGAGACACGGAGCUUGCUAAGGUGCCAUCUGAACUCCUGAAUCUCAUCAAGAAAAAGUUCCCUCAGGUCGUCACCCGUCUCAUCCACCUGCUGGGCAAGAGGAUUCUGGGAAGUCUGCACAGUCGCACAACGGCAGCAUUGUCAGAGCACCCUAACAUGGAGAAUCGAUCAGUUGUAGCUAACUUGGCUACAGUGGCAGUGCUGGCCAUCUCUGAUGAUGUCCCCCUCACAAACUUCACGCUGGAGCUACAGCACGCGCUCAAGGCUAUAGGCUCCACCCUUAGGCUGACCAGCGAUAUUGUGAAGAACAGAUUAGGUGUAGCCGCACUAGACAGUGUGAACGACUUUCGGCUGUUCAACUGGCUGGGGCAGCAGGAGGAUAUUCACCGCAUGGUCCUGUACCAAUGUGAUUCCCGAGUGUCAAAAUGGACCAGAAGCUGUAUCCGACAGGCUGACUGUAUCCUCAUUGUGGGAAUCGCCGACAAGGACCCAAAUGUCUUGGGAGAGAUAGAGAAGCAGCUGGAGAGUCUGGCAGUGAGAGCUCAGAAGGAGUUAAUCCUGCUGCACCGGGAGGAUGCGGAGACACCUCGCAACACUGCUGAGUGGCUCAACGCCCGUGGCUGGUGUUCCUCACAUCACCACAUCCGCUGCCCCAAGAGAGUCUUCAGCAGGAAGUCUCUCUCCAAGACGAUGGAAUCCUAUGACAAACUGUUUACAAUGGAACCAGAUAGAAUGUCAGACUUCUCUCGAUUGGCCAGAUUUCUCACAGGAACAUCCAUUGGCUUAGUGCUUGGAGGGGGAGGAGCUAGAGGCUGUUCACACAUCGGAGUGAUUAAGGCUAUGAUGGACUCCGGUAUCCCUAUUGACAUGGUCGGAGGUACGAGCAUGGGGGCCUUUAUCGGAGCUCUCUGGUGCGAGGAGAGACGAAUAGCCCAGUUCGCUCAGAGAGCAAGGGAAUGGUGUUUCGAGAUGGGUUCUCUGUGGAAGAAGAUCCUUGACCUGACUUACCCAGCCACCUCCAUGUUCACAGGAGCUGCCUUUAACCGGAGCAUUGAAAACGUGUUCAAGGAGCGUCAGAUAGAGGACUUGUGGAUCCCGUACUUCUGUAUCACCACUGACAUCACAGCAUCCAAGAUGAGGAUCCACACCAGUGGCUCACUGUGGCGUUAUGUCCGCUCCAGCAUGUCCCUGUCAGGCUACUUACCUCCAUUGUGUGACCCCAAAGAUGGGCAUCUUCUGCUGGAUGGAGGAUACGUCAAUAACCUGCCAGCUGACAUUCUGCGCUUUAACGGAGCUCAGAAGAUCUUUGCAAUUGAUGUUGGAAGUCAAGAUGAUGGGGAACUGACUAACUACGGAGAUGAGCUGUCAGGCUGGUGGUUGCUAUGGAAACGAUGGAAUCCAUGGGCCUCACCUGUCAGGGUACCUGACAUGACAGAAAUCCAGUCCCGACUGGCCUACGUCUCGUGUGUCCGGCAGCUGGAGAUCGUGAAGAACAGCGAUUACUGUGAAUACAUCAGACCUCCGAUCGAUCGAUACGGAACCCUGCAGUUCCACAGCUGUGACGACAUCGCCGAAGUGGGGUACAACCAUGGGAAGGCCAUCUUUGACGCCUGGAAUAAGAGCGGUUUGCUGAAGGAGUUGUUCAGGGAGAAGUCCCGUGAAGACACCAAAGAGAAGAAGUCAUUGCAGCAUCACAUCCCGGUCAUGGCCUCCUUCACAGAUCUCGCCGAGCUCGUUUCCAAGAUUGAUGAGCCCCGCAUCUCCAGCAUAACCGAGGCCGACGGAGAGUACUCGGGAUCCGAAGAAGAAGAUGAAGAGUUGAUUACAAUAGAGUCUAACCCCAUCUUCUCCACAAACACAUCAUCAAGUGAGUCUGCGGACGCCACGCCUACUGCAGAUGCAGGGGUGUCAGAGGGGAAUCCAAGGAGACGGAAGCCAGCCAACCAGUCGGCCAGCACUGUCUGAUUGAGUGGGGCAGGAGGG